ACUGACAAGCAUGACCCUUGACUCCUCCCACAGAGGCGACCUGACUCCAGAUGAAGUGGUGGACCUUGUGAACCGGGGCCUAAGAGCGGGAGAGAACACCUUCAGAAUAAAAGCCCGGUCCAUUCUGUGCUGCAUGCGUCACAUGCCCAACUGGUCCAUGGAGGUGGUGGAGCUGUGUAAGAAGUAUCGGCACAGUGGGGUGGUGGCCAUCGACCUGGCAGGAGACGAGUCUCUGAACUGUGAGGCCCACCCGGGGCACAGGAAGGCCUUUGAGGAAGCUGUCAGAAGUGGGGUGCACAGGACCGUCCAUGCAGGAGAAGUGGGCCCACCGUCAGUGGUGAAGGAGUGAGGGUUACCUACCCAGACACAAUAUGACUUAUCGGCAGACUUCACCUCGACCCGCAUUGCUGCCUGAGGAUGACUGAGGUGGAAAGGUGUUGUAAGCACCUGAGUGCUUAUAAGCUGAGUGGCUGUGUUCUGCGCUUCGAUCUUUCAGCGAUCACUUUCAGUGAUCACAUCAGCUUUUGAGCCCCAUGAAAUCAAUGAACUUUCCCCUGGUGUAAUUCUAAGCUGGCUCCCUCAUGGUUUAAAUGGGUCAAGGCCGAAACUUGGGUCUGGGGACACCCAGGGCUCAAUGAAGGCGUCCCAGGGGGUAUUUGGCAUCAAGUGGAAAAAUACAAAUUUUCAGUCUUAAUAUUAUUUUAUGUAUAGUUCCAUAUCUCCUGAAUGAUGUAUUUAAGACUUUCUGAUUUUCAGUGGUUGUGUAUUUACAUUAAUAUGGUAUUAAAUGCCUAUCCAGUAUAGAUGGUUCUAUUUUUGGCAUGUAUCCACUUAUCGGCGUGAAAAAUCACCACUGCAGUGUUGGCUGUGGUUAGUGUUUGAUAAAACUGUCUUUUUAGGGGCCCAUGUAAACUUUUGUCGGCCUUGGUGUAAGGCACACUUCUUAGAGACCGUUUGUUAUGAUGAAGCAGCUUCGUGACUAUUGGCAGAAUAACAGCGCAGAAUUCACAAAAGUGAAUCCACAUUUGUGGGACUGUCUCUGUGAUUAU